UUCACGCUUCGUUCGACAAUAACAAGUCAUAUCGACGCGGACUACCGUGAUCACCUUGACAGUUUUGGGAAGUGAGGCAAUAAAGAGAAACGUAGUAUCUGAUUGGCAUGAUCCAUUCACUAGCCAUAAAUGCUUGAGUACAAAUCAGAUUACGACGGAGUGCUCCUGAGUUAUAAGGCUCGAGUCAAAGACUGUGGCUCUCGCUCUUGUCUUUGUGGUCACGGUAGCUCGCGUCCAACUUAAGGUCGCAUUCAGGAUUUGUUCUCCAACGCUGAUCUCUGUGCGGGAAGAAACGUAAAGCAAUAACGCCAGCAUGUUGUUAAGGAGAGGAAAAUGAAAACCAACGCUCUGCUUCCGUUCUGCAUGGUCUGGAUUUUAACAGUGCCUGGUCUUGAAUGCAAGGGAUGUAUAUGGAAGCAAAAAAGUAUCAGAGUUCUAGCGUUGUUUGACUCCAAUGACAAAGUUAUUGAAAAAAAUUUGUAUGAGGCAGUGUCAGAGAGGAACUUUGAAGCCUCUGAUGAUGAACAGAACUGUCGCCCUGAUAUUUUGUACACUUUGCUCUAUCUCAACGAAACCAUGACGGAUCUUGAAAUCUUCCGAAGUUUGGAAAGGACGUUUGAAAAACAUGAGCAUUGCUUAAUUUUAUUCGCUUCAAAAAACAAAAAGGCAAAAUACAUAUUGGAUUAUGCCGCUAAACAAAGGAUUCCCCUUGUUAACACUGUCUCAAAGGUAUCACAGGAAGGAAACCAAACAACACGCUCCUUAGCAUCUCAAUAUGAACACAAGCUACAUAUGGUACAACUAAACUCGUUCAGUAGUCUCCAAGAUAAAAUAGCGGCGGUCGCACCUGUAUUGGCUUCUCUAGGCUGGAAAAAAAUGGCAACGAUCUUCGACAAUUCCGUGCUAAGCCUACAGAUCGCAUCGUCUAUUGGAGCAACACUAUCCACUAACAAACUGGUGAUGAUCAAUAGCACUUAUAUUACACAAGACAUAUCCGCCGGAAACAUUGCCGAAAAGCUUCAUACUCUCAAGCAAGACUGCUCAGCGUUUCUCAUAGUUUCGGACAAUCCAGGACUUCUCCGGACUAUUUUCCUGGCAGCUGAUUGGCUAGGGAUGUUAGGGCAGGCGAAUCAGUGGGUGUUAUUCUCUAAUAUGGCGCGAGAUGAUCUAGUGGCUGAGGUAUUGCCGUAUGAGCUGUUCAUGGUUCACCCGCAUCGCCUCUCGUGGGGCCUUCCUGAGCUCGUCCCUGACGCUAUACAGCUUAUCAGCCAAGGAUUGAAAGGGAUUCAGAACUUUCACACAGCGGACCACAAAAUGUGUUCAUGCCGCUGUGAAUGUGCUUCGUUCAGAAUCUGGAUCUACAGGAGUAUGCUGCAGACAGAGUUUGGAGGUAAAACUGGGCUUGUCAAAUUCGAUGAUACUGGUGCUCGUCGGUUCGGUCAGUAUGAUAUAAGCGUCAUUGCUAUAUCUAACGGGCAGCUUAUGAGUCAGACCAUAGGUAUGUGGAAUGGUCAAACCGUCAAAAUCUCAUCUCCCAUCAACCGGCCAAAACUGCGUGUCCUCAUCAACGAGUAUCCACCGAAUAUAAUGUCAGUUGAUAAACCCAAAAAUGGACCGUGUCCGUCCGGUGCAAGUGUGUGCCUCAAAAGGAUACGAGCGAAAGACGGCAGUGAGACAGACCUUGCUAGGUGCUGCUACGGAUUUGCGAUUGACGUGCUCGAGUUGAUAAAGCAGGCGUUAAAUUUUGAGCCAGAGCUUCGAUUCUCCGAGGAUGGGCAGUUUGGCGUCUACGACGAAGUUAAUAAGACCUGGAAUGGGAUUGUGAAGGAGCUACUCGAUGACAAAGGGGAUAUCACUCUGGAUUUGUACAUCAGCGCAAGACGCGCAACUGUGUUAGACUUCACUGAGCCAUACGCACCGUCUGGAAUACGACUUCUCGUAAAAGAACGGAGUGGAAAGGGAGGAAACAUUUAUUGGUUAUCUUAUCUCAGGCCAUUUACCAUGAAUGUUUGGCUCACCUUGCUUGGUAGUAUGGGUAUCAUGUCCUUGUUUCUCUGGCUUGUUGAGAAGCUCGCUCCGUGCCGUCAGGAAAGCAAUCCAAUAAAGAGAUCAACUAACAAGCAACCUGUGGCUUAUGGUCCGUUUGGGUUGGAUAAUGCUAUAUGCUUUACUCUGGCACUAGCGUUUGGAAGGCCUGCUGACGAGGCGAAGCCGAUGCUGCAUGGUGCUCGUCUUGCGUCUGUGGCAUUUGGAGUGGCAAUGCUGAUGUUUGUAUCAACGUAUUCAGCAAAUCUCGCGGCCUUCCUGAUUGUUGAAGACAAAUAUACAACCGUGGAAAACAUCUAUGAUCCAAAGAUUGCAAACCCCCCUGAAGGGUUCACCUAUGGGACAGUAAAAGGCUCUUACAUGGCAGAUUUCUUUGCCAAUGCAGAGAGCACGUACAUGAGAGGGAUGUGGUACCACAUGAGGAAGCACAAUGUGGAAACCUCCAAGGAGGGAGUCAGGAAAGUCAAGUCGGGAGAGCUCGACGUAUUUAUUUCAGACCACAUCAGCUUAGUAUACGAGUCACUCAACGAUCUUGACUGUGAGCUCAAAGUCGUCGGCGAACCCUUUGCAAUGUCUGGCGCCUCGCUUGCCGUGAAAAAAGGCUCUCCCUGGUUCAACGCAUUGAAUGACGUUCUACAGCAACUCAAGUCGAAAGACCUAACAGACUUUAUCCAAAAGUUUUGGGUGCAAAAAUUCAAGUGUAAUAACGAGAAGCCCCCGAGUCAGCUCCAGAUACAAGACCUCAGUGGGAUAUUUUUACAGCUUUCCCUAGUGUUUGUGGCAUGUUUCAUAGGGACGUUUAUACGAAAUGCUGUGGAACAUUUUGCGCAUCGAUAUAACAACAAGAGAUCCAUGGGAGAUAGGCGUAAGGAUAGGGAGGAGGAGUUGGUGGUCAGUCAGUCAAUGCUUCCGUCUGUAGUCGCUUGUAAGAUGACUAGAACAAAAAGUACAGAGGUGUAAAAGUGGGAACCUUAGGGAAAGUCACAAAAGAGAUCUCUUGCCAUAAUCUGAAUGGUAUACUCCUCCCCUCCCAAUAGCCAAGAAUGAUAGUGUUGUACCCAACACACAAGAUGUACUCGCCAGAUAGUACGCUGAGCUUGACGGUUUACAGGGUAAUUUUUUUUCUAAGUAAAGGAAAACGUUAUUAUCCUUGAUAGAAUGUCAGAGUUGUCGUAGUCGCAUAGCACUGUAGCUAAAAAAAAAUAAGAAUCUUAGUAGAUACGAUAUCAUACGGUACAAAUGUAUCACACAGCCUACAACAUUUUCUUUAGAAUCUACAGAAUUGAUCAUCUCAAAUAAAACACUACUAUGAGACUA